AUGUCGGAGAGCAGCUUUGUCCCCAUGGUCUCCUACCUAGGGUGGACGUUUCUCCCUAACCUGCUUACAAACUGGAUACAGACUAUCUACUACAGAAUAACAAUCCAAGCAGGUUCGCCUCAACCACAGCCAGGCACAGCAAUCUACACGCGUGACCACAAGAGGACCCGCAUCAUCGUCCUAAGCCUAUACCUUCUCUACACACUUGCUCAAUCUCUCUACGACGUAAAGCUCGCAGGUGACUUCUACACCCUCCUGUCCGUCGACCCAUACACAACCACCGACAAGGAGAUCAAGUCCCGCCUGCGCAGACUAGCAGCCAAAUUCCACCCUGACAAGAUCAGCUCCUCCGAAGCAACCACAGAUACAGACAGCCUCUUCGUCAAGCUCCGUCUCGCCUCCGAAACUCUCACCAACCCAUCCCACAAAUACGCCUACACCCACUUCGGACCCAGCAUUGUCACCCACCUCCCUCGUCCAACGGACAACUCCCCCACCCAAACACCCAAACAAAUCUCCCUCCAGACCGCAGAGCUCAUCCUCACCGCUCUCCGCCAAAAAAUCCCCUCCUAUAUCAUCAACAUCCUCUUCGUCCUCAUCCUAAACACCUUCUUCCUCCCCGCCCGCAGCUCCGGCAAAUUCUGGCGCUACCUCAUCAUAACCAGCUCCUUCGUCCUCGAACUCUACCUCCUCACCCACGACAUCCCCGCCCUCCCAUCAACCCUCGAGACAGCCUUGACCUACCUCCGCACCUACACAACCCUCGGCAGCAUCCUCCCACCGCACCUCCUCCCCUACCAAAUCCUCGAAAUCACAUCUCGCCUCACCCUCAGCCUCAACAUCUUCAUAUCGCAGGUCAGCGUCCUCUUCCCCUCCACCGCACCGCCGUCCAUCACCGACGCAGCAGAGAUGCGGAACUGGAUGGCGCAGUUGACGUCGUCGCUGUCAUUGCUGAAUACUACAUCGCAGCGGCUGGAUGGGGAGGCGAGUACGUUGUUGCAGUUGCAGUUUGCGCCGUAUAGAGGCCAGGCAAGGCACGUGGGGGAGUUGAGGAGGGGGAUGAAGGAGGGGAUGGUGUUGGGAGGUGUGAGGGGGCAUCCGGAGGUUAAAGAGGCGGUACAACGGGUGAUUGAAAUAAGAGAGGGGCGACGGAGGAGGAAGCAUGAGGAGGAUAGAAUGCAGAGAGAAGAUGGUGCGGAUGUUGUUGAUUUGCUGGCUAGCGAUGAGCAAUUUAUCUAG